CAUACGAUUUCCGGUUUAAACGAUAGCAAUUUUCAACGCCGCGCGUUCAACAAUUACUUCAGGAAACUGCGAUCGUUUAACGCUUGAAAAACUGCCUAAAUCGAUUGGAAUAAGCAACGGAAUGCGUAAUCUGUAGUUUAAACGACGUUCGUUUGCCUAUAACGCAAAAUAUUUCGAUCCUCUGGUUGGCACCGUCGCUUCCCAGCGACGCCAGUUUCCGUCGUAUAAAAGAGCCGAAUACUCUCUGUUAUGUGUUCUUUAUUAGAUACGGGAAAUGGAGAAAAGGAUAUAAAUUGUCACGUGGAGCUCGUAGUAUUUAUUCUUCCCGCCGGGGGCCCCCCAUAAGCAAAAUGCGCCAUUGUUUAUUACAAUGAAUUUUGGAACGUGUCCGUUACAAAUGCAAAUGAAGAGAAAGAAAGGAAAAAUGGGUACUUAAAACGAAGACUUCCAAGAAGGGAAAUUGAACUGCUCCAUGAUAUUAAUACACAGGCUGUACCUACUGCAGGGUUGAUCAGUGACAAGAAAAAAUAUUAGAAAAAUAAUGCAACACAGUAAAGUACAACAUGCAGCGUGCUAUGCUAAGAUGGAAUAGUGUACCUACUCAAGUUAUUACAGAGGGUCGCUGGGUAGAAGAAGGUAUUUCACAAAUUGGGAAAAAAGAUGUAGUAGUUGUAAUUCCGGGAAACCCUGGUAUACCAGAAUUUUAUGAAGGAUUUAUAAGAAAUUUAAAAUUAAGACUCCCAACUGAAGUACCAGUUUGGGUAGUUGGACACGCAGGACAUGUACAUCCACCAGACAAUCUAAGCGUUACAAUGCCAAGUACAUCAGCUUGGCAUACGCAUUAUGGUUUAAUGGCACAGAUAGAACAUAAGAAAGAGUUUAUAAAAAAAUACGUUCCAAAAGAUGCAAAGUUACAUCUUGUUGGACACUCAAUAGGAUGUUGGAUAAUUUUAAAUAUGUUGAAAGACGAAUUGAUAGCUGAGCAGGUAGUGAAAUGUUACAUGUUAUUUCCAACUAUCGAGCACAUGGCCAAAACUCGAAAUGGACAGUAUUAUACUAGCUUUAUGAUGAAGAUUCAAUUUAUUUUAUUAUUUCUUGGUUGGUUGUUAAUCUGUCUCCCAAUUUUUUUACAAGGUUUCAUAAUUAAUCUGAUAAGAUUAUUUUAUGGAAUUCCAAAAAGACAUAACAAAGCCCUUGGCCUCUUUUGUGAUUCUCGUAAUUUGAGAAAUGUAUUUAAAAUGGCAAACGAAGAAAUGGAAAUUGUAAAGGAACGAGAUGAUGAUAUAAUUGCUAAGUACAAUGAUAAAUUAUGGUUCUAUUAUGGUAAUCGUGAUGGUUGGGCUCCAGUCACAUAUUAUAAUGAUUUGAAAUCUGCGCAUCCUAAUAUCAAUGCGACUCUCUGUAAGCAUGGUUAUCCUCAUACUUUUGUUUUAAAAUAUGAAAAGGAGGUUGGUCAAAUUGUUGGAGAUAUAAUUAAUGAAAACAUAUUAUAACGAUAGAUUAUGACUAAUUUCUAAUUUUUCAUAUUUUAUUAACAUUCUGUCAUUUACUGUAAUGCUUAUUAUUAAUCCUUAAUAAUUAACAUUACUUACAACACCUUUAUAUAAACAACAUGAGUGUAAAAAGAAAUAUGCAAUAUUAUGCUAAUAAAUUAUGGUAGUUGCAUAAUAGUAUUUAAAUUAUCUCUAUUGUGAAAUUUGUAAUAUAGGUAUAAAAAAUUACAUA